CGUGACAAGGCGGGCAUACCAAAAUUUGCACGUCGGCCUAUAAAAGACCGAGGAUUGUUUUUAGUAGGUCUGUUGUCGUCCGUAGCGAGCACAGCAUCAUGGGUGUGUGGCAGCAGUGUUUCUAUCUACUGAAACGCAAUGCUUGGAUCAAAUGGCGCAACAGACGACAAAGCAUCCACGAACUCUUGUGGCCCGUCUACUUCGUCGCCAUUCUCGCCCUAAUUCGACUGAGCGUCAAACCGGAAACUCUGGACGAAAUCAGCUCGUUUCCGACGCAAACAGCCGACGCCGAUUUUGCUGGAGACGGAGACGUGGUGUACGUAGGAUAUCACCCGCACGACACUCAGCACCAGCGAGUGAUGAACGACGUGAGAACGUCUCUCACGCGCUUUAGCAAACAGGAGUUUGGAUUUAUUCCGGCUAGUAGCCCGGAUGCUCUGACAACAUUGUAUAACAGUAAAAACAUAUCAAUUGGUGUCAUCUUUGGUAACGAUUCUCUGAAUAACUACACGAUUCGAGUUGCUCCGAACUUGAUUGCCGACACGAAUAAGCUGACGACCGAACAAACUGCAUGUCGGAAAUCAAAUCUCAGCGACUACUCGAUAUAUGCCACACAAUUCAACUGUCCGGCCUACAGUUAUAUCACAUCGGGAUUCACUGCAUUACAAGUGUCUAUAGACAUGGCAAUUAUUUCGGUCGCGUCUAAUCAGUCUUUAUCCUCGGUUGACACGAUCGUGGAUACAGAGAUGUUUCCGAAGAAUGAGUACCCUCCGAAUAUUCAGUAUUUACAGACUAUCGUGCCGUUGUACUUGGUGUUGGCAUUUUCGCCGCUCGUCAACUUUCUGGUGGUGAAUCUGGUGACGGAGAAAGAGAAGAAGAUUAAGGAGGGCAUGAAGAUGAUGGGACUAUCAGACAUUGCAUUUUGGUUGUCGUGGUUUAUCACGUAUGGAAUUAUUAUGUUAUUCACUGUGCUCAUUACGUCAGUCAUUUCAGCAUUAGCGAUACUUCGAAACAGCCAAUUUUUCAUCAUUUUUCUUAUGUACUUUGGGUACGGUUUCUCGGUCAUCAGUUUCUCAUUCAUGCUCACUCCGUUCUUUAAGAAGGCGGUCGUUGCUGGUGCUAUCGGGUCUUUUGCAUCAGUCAUUUUUAGUGUGUUGGCUCUUUUGGCUGUUUAUCUGGAUGUUUCGUCUCAAGUGCAGUGGAUAUUGUCUUUGCUGUCUCCUGCGGCAUUUGGGUUUGGAAUCGUACAGAUGAUUGCCUUAGACUCUCACUCCGGUGGAGCAACGUUUUCUAACUUUGUCAACACCGAUAAUUCAUCGUUUCCACCGGGUGCUGGCUUUCUCAUGCUGAUCCUUGAUAUGAUUAUUUACUGGCUUUUAGCAGUCUACUUUGAUAACGUUAUUCCAGGGGAAUAUGGUCAAGCCAAGUCUUUCUAUUUUUGCUUCUUGCCUUCAUACUGGCGCAAAUGGAGAAAAGUAGAAGUAGACGAGAGAUGUGAAAUACCAUUGCUGGGGUCCAGUAGUGAGUCGGGUAAUGGCAAGUCAGCUGUUGUGGAACCUGUUUCACCCGAGCUCAAGGGAAAAGAAAGGAUCAGAAUUCACGGACUGCUGAAGGAAUUUGUGAAGAAGAGGCAUCACUGUUCUAAGGAGUCCGAUGAAAUUGUGACAGCAGUCAACGGGCUGCACCUAUCAUUGUACGAAGAUCAGAUAACAGCUAUAUUGGGUCACAACGGAGCCGGCAAAUCGACUGUAGUUGCUUGUCUCACCGGUCUCACUUCUGUUACCAGUGGAGAUGCGUCAGUGUAUGGUCGAGACAUCACCAACGCCAAUGAUAUGGACGACAUUCGAAAGAUGACCGGCGUUUGUCCACAGCAUGACGUCUUGUUUCCCCACGUCACUACUAAAGAGCAUCUGAUUGUGUUCGCUGGUAUCAAGGGAGUGCCAAAACACGAAAUCGAUAAAGCUGUAGAAGAUGCUCUUGAAGAAGUAGGUCUCACUGAUCGUGCGGAUACUGUAGCAACCAAACUUAGUGGAGGACAGAAGCGCAAGCUCUCUGUAGCAAUUGCAUUGAUCGGCAACCCAAAGGUUAUCUUUCUUGAUGAGCCGAGCAGUGGAAUGGAUCCUUACUCGAGGCGUCAACUGUGGUCGUUACUGCAGAGCAAGAAGGCAGGAAGGGUGAUUCUUCUUACGACUCACUUCAUGGACGAAGCCGACAUAUUGGCAGAUCGAAAGGCUGUGUUGAGUAAAGGCAAGCUGCAAGUUGUUGGAUCGUCGUUGUUUCUCAAGAGCAAGUUUGGCAUUGGUUAUCAUCUCGGGAUGGUAGUGGAACCAUCAGUUGACAUAAACGCAAUUACCAAUGUCAUUACGAAUGCUGUCCCAUCCGCCGAAUUGUCUCGUUCACAUGGCAUGGAGCUGACCUACACUUUACCUCUCAAUGACGUCCAAAGAUUUUCUUCAUUGUUUACCAGUUUUGAAGAGACAGUAGGAGAUGACAAGACACGUUCUUCUCUACUGGGAAUACAAAGCUACGGCAUAUCAAUGACAACACUUGAAGAAGUCUUUCUGAAACUUGAAGAGCUUGAAGAACAAGAGUCAGAGGCAAAUGAUGAAACAAAUAAUGACAUAGAAGACCAAUCAGACAAGCUACUGUACGGCAGUACCCGAAGGAGUAGUCACAUGAUUCAGUCAAACGAUGAGGAGACCAAUAUGAAUAACACAGAUUUAACAGCUGGUGAGAGUUCUUCAGCUUUAGGUCGUCAACUGUACUGGCAGCAGUUUCUUGCCAUGUUGCUUGUGCGAUACCGAACAACAUUGAGAAAUGCAAUGGCUGUUUUCUUUCGUAUUUUCUUGCCUCCAGUGUUAAUUAUUGUUGGAGUAGUUGUAACAAGAAAUACGGUCCCUCAACCGACGCAGCCAGCAGCGUUACAGAUCACACCCAGUCUCUACCUCAAUAAUGAGAACAUUGCAUCUCCUUUCUGCUCGACUCCAUUGGACACAAAUCCGAGCUUACUGGUGGUGACACAUAAUGGUAGCAACGUGAGUGAUUCAUUUAGUUCAUUGCUUGACUCAUUUGCUCGCUCUUCGGUCGGUUAUUGUCAGCCAACUGGUUCUGACGUAACAAACAGUACAUUGUUCAACUUGUAUUUACUGAGCAACUGGCCACACUCUGUUGCAUUGAAGUUGAGAAGCUACAUAUUAGGCAAUGAGACUAUCUUGUCACAAUUCACUGCUUUGUAUAAUGACAGUCUGGUUCAUUCGUUGCCUGUGGCUAUUAAUCUGAUGAGCAGUGCAAUGUAUAGAGAUUUGACUGGGUCUCCCGACGGCAUCAAUGUGACAAAUCAUCCAUUUCAAUAUGAAAAUCCCAAACUACCAUUUGAUGUCGGUUCGUACGUGUCAGUCCUGCUAAUUGGAAUGUCACUGGUUUUAAUUCCCGGUGGCUUUGCUAUUGGGAUAGUGGCUGAUAGAGAGCUUCGAACUCGUCAUCAGCUCCAGGUGUCUGGUUUAAACCGAUUCGUCUACUGGCUUGCCGCACUCGUGUCCGACCUAUCACUUUAUCUCAUUCCAGUCAUACUCAUUAUUAUCUUACUUCCUGCACUUAGUCUAGAAGCAUUUGAAGCACCAGCGGCUAUGGGUUUGACUCUACUAGUUUUGCUUCUAUCUAUGCCAUUACAAGCUCUGUAUGCAUACGUGUGGUCGUUUGCGUUCAGCAAAGCCGAAUCGUGUCAAGGCAUUCUCCCGAUGCUCAUCAGCAUGGUUGGUAUCAUUCCUUAUAUUGUUGUGGCAAUAGUUUACCCUAUUCAUCAAACUGUUGCCAUCAUUUUACAUUAUUUCUUUGCUGUGUUGUUUCCUCCGUAUGCUACGCUCGGAUGCCUUUGGUUUAUUACGACGGUGUAUCAACAGAACAUUGCAAAUCCGAUUGCAAAUGAUUUGUCAGCAGCGACAUACUUUGCUGUUACUUCUCAUAUAACACCAGGACUUAUUGUGAUGCUGGCAGAGAUCGUGAUUCUGUCAGGUUUGUUGAUGCUUCUCGAUCAACGAAGUGUUGGCGAUAGAGCCUUAUGUCGCAGUUGUUUCUGUACACGUGCAGCAACUACACUUGACGUUGAAUCACCAGGAGACAAUCUGGGUGACGAUGACGUCAAACGUGAGAAGCAGCAUGUUAUGGAGAGAGUAGCUGCCAUAGAGAGGCAGUCAGGAGGGUCUCCAGACGCAUUUGUUAUGAUGGAAGGAGUAAGGAAGGAAUUCAAAGAUGAGGCAUGCUGUAACUGCAAGAAAGCAGCGGACAUCAAAGUGAAAGUUGCUGUUCAAAAUCUUUAUCUCAGUGUAAAUGCGGGCGAGGUGUUUGGGCUACUUGGACCUAAUGGAGCAGGAAAGACGACAGCAAUGAAUGUUUUCACUGGAGAUAUGACACCUACUGAAGGACGGGUGUUUCUUAUUAAUGAGGACAUUACUGGGAAAGUGUCAGAUGCAGCACUGGCGUUAGGAUACUGUCCUCAAGUUGAUGCCUUGUGGCCUGAUCUUACACUGAGGGAACACCUGAGAACGUAUGGAUGGAUCAAAGGUGUAGAUUGCGAUCGCGUGGAUGAGCUGGUGACAAGGUUUGCUGACAUUAUGAAUAUUACUGAACACCUUGACAAGAAAUCCAAGGAACUCUCGGGUGGAACCAAACGAAAGCUGAGUUUUCUGAUAAGCAUGAUGGGAGGGCCCAAAGUUUUGCUUUUGGAUGAACCUUCAACUGGGAUGGAUCCCUCAGCCAAACGUUUCUUGUGGAACAUCAUCAGUAGUUGUGUCACCGAUGAACGUUCUGCCAUUCUCACGACUCAUUCUAUGGAAGAAGCUGAUGCACUUUGCUCUCGUGUUGGAAUAAUGGUAUCCGGGGCAUUGAGGUGUGUAGGAUCGACACAACAUUUGAAGAGUAAGUAUGGUGCUGGCUAUCAUCUAGAGAUGAAGUUGUCACUCACAGCUGGAGGAACACAGGCCUCUAGGUCGUUUGCCUCAAAUCCACAGACUCCUACCAUUGCAAGACAGACGUCGGCUCUCGCAGAAGUCGAUUGCGACUACGCAUCCGAAUCACUGACGUCUCUGGUGUCCCACAUCAAGCGUACCUUCUCGGGUGCUCUACUAGUCGAGUGUUUUGGAGACAGAGCCACGUUUGUCAUUCCUGCCGAGGUGGUUCAAUCCCUAGCUACAGUGUUUGCUGCUCUGGAAGAAACUAAGACCGAGUUUGGUGUGGAAGAAUAUAGCUUCAGCCAGUCUUCACUAGAGCAGGUGUUUAUAGGAUUUGCUAAGCAGCAACGAGAGGAUGAGUAAUCUGACUUUCUGCGUAUGAGUUGGACUAUAGCCAAUUGAUGUGUUAUUGCUGUUGGACUACGCAAUCAAACGCAUUAGUUAAUUUUAUUAUUGCUAAAUACAAUUUUGGUAUGGAA